AUGGACAAUAUCACGCAUACGCAGAGUAAUGAUGGCAUGUUGAAGCAUGCGGCGCGUAUUGAUCAGGAGAUUAUGCCUACAGAGUCGUCAGCUUCUGCUGUCCAGGCCAACGGUGGAGACGAAGGGCAAGUGCAAGUGCGCGACGAAGGUGGAGGUCGGAGACUUUUGGGUCGUAAGAGGAAGAGCUACAGUCAUGCGCAUUUCAAAGUGUAUAAGAGACGGUGGUUUGGUCUAGCACAGUUGGUCUUGUUAAACAUUGUCGUGAGUUGGGAUUGGUUAACAUUCGCUCCCAUGUCCACAACCGCAGCAGCGUAUUACCGCACCACCGAGACGGCGAUAAACUGGCUCUCCACCGGCUUCCUCUUCGCCUUUGUAGUCGCAUGCCCACUCACCAUCUACGUCUUGCACCGCGGGCCCAAAGACAGCAUCAUCGCCGCCUCUGUUCUCCUCCUCCUCGGAAACUGGAUUCGCUACGCCGGCACCAAAGCCAACGGCGGCAUCUUUGGCGUCGUCAUGUUCGGACAAAUCCUAACCGGUCUCGCACAACCCUUUGUCCUCGCCGCACCCACACGAUACAGCGACAUGUGGUUUACCGAACGGGGACGCGUGGGAGCCACGGCGUUGGCGACUCUGGCGAAUCCCUUUGGCGGUGCUCUCGCCCAACUCAUAAACCCUUUACUGGGCUCUAUUCCCCAAGUGGUACUUGUCGUAUCUAUAAUCGCAUCCGUCGCCUGCAUCCCCUCGAUUUUCAUCCCCGCUGCUCCCCCCACACCCCCAACCUCCUCCUCGGGCCUCUCCAAAACCCCAAUCACCGAAUCCCUGAAAAUCAUGCUACGCUCUCCCUCCUUCUACGUCAUAUUCUUGGCAUUCAGCACCUACACUGCCUGCUUCAAUGCCUUCUCCAGCCUGCUUAACCAAAUCCUGUAUCCCUAUGGUUUUACCGAGGACGAAGCCGGCAUCUGCGGCGCCAUCUUAAUCGUGGUCGGUCUUGUUACUGCGGCAGUCACGUCCCCGAUUCUAGAUCGAACACAUGCCUAUCUUUUGGGCAUCAAGAUUCUGUGUCCCUUGGUUGCCUUUAGCUAUCUUGCUAUGAUAUGGGCGCCGCAAACACGGACACUGGUCGCACCAUACCUGAUUAGCGCGGUACUGGGUGCAAGUUCCUUUAGUUUGCUUCCCGUGGCCUUGGAGUAUCUAGUGGAGAUUACAUUUCCGGCAAGUCCCGAAGUGAGCUCGACCAUUUGCUGGGUGGGUGGUCAGCUGUUGGGUGCCAUCUUCAUUGUUAUUAUGAACGCGAUGAAGGAUGAAAGACCGGUAGAUCUGGACAUAGUCAGUGACAGUGGGCGUGGUAGUGGAGGUGGAACCAGGCCACCAGGAAACAUGUUUAAUGCCCUUGUUUUCCAGGCGGUUGUAGGGCUUGCUGUUUUGCCCUUGCCGCUGAUGUUGGGUGUGAAGAGAUUUGGACUUGCGCAAGGAGAGGGCCGGUUAAAGCUUGAUGAGCAUAGGAACGAGGAGGGUGUGCUGGAGGGGACCGCGGACGGUCAUGAGCAAUGA